CCCACAUUCUCACAUCAACUCUAAGCCGUGGAGCGUCACAUGUCACAAUGAGCGUCCUGCCGUUCAGUUUCCUGUUUGUUGUCCUCCUCUGCCUCCCCAUUCUCACUGAGGCCAAGCGACAGCUCAGUCAGGGGAGACCUGACAAACCUCGCCACCCUCCUUCAACACCCCAGCCAGCAAAGAGACCCAGAAACCGCUCAGUGCCUGGUUCAGGAGAACUGACCACCAAAGAGGGCCAUCGCUGUGUUUGGCAGACGUCUGGUGAAGGCCUGGUGAGCCUGCUGGUGAACUGUAGCACUGAAACACUGGGAGACCAGCAAAGGUAUUGGUGCCGGUAUGCAGGUAAACCAGAUCUUUGCCAGGCCUAUGGGGUGAAAUCCAGCCAGUACUGGAAGCAGCUUGUGGGGAAGCUGAAGAAAAGGCAGAACGCCUGCGAGGGAGAGAAAGUCUUGAAAGCAAAAACCUGCAAAAAGGCUCCUGCUGAGGCCCAUAUGAAGCUGGCGACACGCAGUGGAGAGGAUGACAGGAGGGGAGGGAAGGAAGGAGGAAAGAAGAAGGUAUCCCCAGCGACAAAGAGCUCAGAUGGAGGGAAGGUAGACAGAAAGAAGAAGAAGGAGGAGGAAGAGGAGGAGAAGAAGAAACAGGAGGAGAGGACUGGGACUGAAGAGGAAGGUUUGCUGAACGACAUGGAGCCGGUGCAGACUUACUGCAGCGAGGGAUGGCACUCAGUCUGUUCAUUCUUUGUCAAGUUUUUCGAGGGUUAAUGUGGAAUAAAGGAGGAUUUAUCAGUAUCACUGUUAAAAAUGAUGAUGCAUGAUCAUAAUUGGAAAACCAACCAUUUAAAAGAUGUUUUCUUUUGUAAGGAGAAGCAUCAGGUUCACCCUUUUAAUUCACAAAUAUCUUUCAGCUGACCUAAAAUUUCCCAUUUGGACAUUUAUGAUUGAUAUGUAAAGUUUUUGGUAACUUUGAUGGACAAAAAUACUUUUUAAUAAGGUUUUAUUGAAUUGUGAAUGCAUUUCAUUUAGAGCUUCAUUUUCAAACAUAUGGCGGGGAGACAAUUUCAAUCUGGGAAAAUGAACUGUAUUAAAAAGAUCAAUCAAAGCUGUCAAUAGUGAAUGAAAGCCAGUUAUUCUAACGUCUCCCUUGGUAAUCAUAAACAUAUGUGCUGACAUAAAUUACUGCAGAGAAACAGAUGCGAGUUUAAAUGAGCCAGUCUGAUUUAAUAUGACUUCAGUCUUUGUAAAUAAGCAUAAAUGACCUUAAGUUUUAUUUAGUUGUUUCAACUUAGUUGUAGUUUCUCUCUCUAGAAAUCAACCUGCUGUAAAAUCUGUGGGAUGUUUGAACUGCUUAACUAACAAGUUAAAAUCAUGUUUUAUAAUCAUCAUUGUUAAUUCUUGCAAUAAUAUGUCUACAUCAGUGGUUCUCAACCUUGGGGUCGGGACCCCCUUGGGGGUUGCGAGACACUGAGAGGGGGUCACCAGAUGCCUUAAAAAACUAAGAAUAGUUUUUAAAUGACACUGUUG